GUCCAGGAGUACCGGGAAGCUCUCGAAGGGGUCCUCAUCAAGGGCAAGAAUGGAGUUCACCUUCUGCCCGAACUCUACAGUGUCCCUCCUGAGAAGGUUGAUGAAGAAUACCAGCACCCUCACACUGUGGACCGAGUCCCCAUGGGCAAGCUGCCUCACAUGUGGGGCCAGUCUCUGUACAUCCUGGGAAACUUGAUGACAGAGGGGUUUUUAGCACCUGGGGAAAUCGAUCCUCUCAAUCGUAGGUUUUCAACUGUCCCCAAGCCGGACGUUGUGGUUCAAGUGUCCAUUCUAGCUGAGACGGAAGACAUCAAGGCCAUCCUGAAGGACAAUGGAAUUGAUGCGGAGACUAUUGCCGAAGUGUACCCCAUCAGAGUACAGCCAGCCCGAAUCCUCAGCCAUAUCUAUGCCAGUCUAG